UUGGUUUUCCCGCGCGCUCCUCUGGGUAAAACACAACACACUUAACUGUCAGUCUGCAACGAUAGAGAGCUAACUAACCUCACUGUGACUAAAAUAAACUGAAUUUUAACCAGUAACGGGGCUUUUAUUAGAGUCAGGCGAUGCCGUCCUCAGAUUAUGACUCGGCUUCUCUCCCGGAUUUGUUACCGUUGUACUACCGACGGCUGUUCCCUUUCUCCCAGUAUUACCGCUGGCUCAACUAUGGAGGAGUACAAAAGAACUAUUUCCAGAAUCGUGAGUUCUCCUUCACUCUUAAAGAUGACAUCUACGUCCGCUACCAGUCUUUCACCACACAGAAUGAGCUGGAGAAGGAAAUGCAGAAGAUGAACCCCUACAAGAUUGAUAUUGGAGCAGUAUACAGUCACAGGCCCAGUCAGCACAACACUGUGAAGUCAGGAACCUUUCAGGCACUGGAGAAGGAGCUGGUGUUUGACAUUGAUAUGACAGAUUAUGAUGAUGUCCGAAGCUGCUGCAGUGCUGCGGAUAUUUGCUCCAAGUGCUGGACCCUGAUGACCAUUGCAAUCCGUAUCCUGGAUAGAGCUCUUCGAGAUGACUUUGGUUUCCAGCACCUGCUGUGGGUUUAUUCAGGCAGGAGAGGAGUUCAUUGCUGGGUUUGUGAUGAAGCCGCCAGGAAGCUCUCUGUAGCAGCUCGUUCUGCAGUGGCAGAAUACCUGAGCUUGGUGAAGGGUGGUGAGGAGACCAUGAAGAAAGUGUCAUUGUCAGAUCCGAUUCAUCCUUUCAUCAGAGAGUCUUUGUUGGUGGUGGAGCAGUACUUUCCCCGAUAUGGACUACAAGAGCAAGACAUACUUGGCCGUAAAGAAUCUGUGGACAAAGUGCUGGGACUUGUUCCUGAAGAUGUUAGAAAAGACUUGCAGCAAGACUUCCAAAAUGAGAGGAAACCUGAGGUCCGAUGGAAACUGAUCAGAGAUCAUGCCACUAAGAAAAAGGCUGCCGGCAAAAAGGGCCACCACUUUGACAAAGAAAUCAUGUUACAGUAUUGUUACCCACGUCUGGAUGUGAACGUCAGUAAAGGAGUGAACCAUUUGCUGAAGAGCCCCUUCAGUGUUCAUCCAAAAACAGGACGCAUUUCUGUUCCCAUCGACCUUAAAGAAUUGGAUAGAUUUGAUCCUUUUGCAGUACCCACAAUCAGUCUGAUCUGUGAGGAACUGGAUCGGCCCCGAAUAGGAGAAGAGGAGGAAAAGGCAGAGGACGACAAGGACAAAGAAAACGAGAAAGAUGCUGCUGAGAGGCGAAAGAUCAGAGAUUACAAAAGGACCAGCCUGGCAAAGUACGUGAAGUGCUUUGACCAGUUUCUGGAUGGAAUAGCUCAGUCACGGAAAGGAGAACUUCUCAGAAAGAGUGAUCUUCAGAAAGAUUUUUGAAGUGGAUCAGUGAUCACUGAGUUGAUGCAUUUCUAAGGCAGCACUGUUACCUAACAGGGCUGAUGAUGGAAUUUUGUCCUGUUUUGGGGGCUUCAUCUUGCAGUUUUCCCUAUAGUCAACCCAAAUAAAACAAAUAAAAACAUGUUACUACUAAAUUUAAACUGAUACUCCUCUCUUUCUUAUGUCAUAAGGUUGUUGUACAAUGCUUUAUAUUGUAAUAAACUAAUAAACUGGAUUCCUUGGA